UGCCCUACUUUGGAUAUUCCUGCAUUGAAUGUCUGAGGAGCUCCGGCCGACCCUGAGCCAUGUCGCAGAUGUUGCACAUAGAGAUUCCCAACUUCGGGAACACCGUUCUGGGCUGCCUGAACGAGCAGCGGCUGCUGGGGCUCUACUGCGAUGUCUCCAUCGUGGUGAAGGGCCAAGCCUUCAAGGCUCACCGGGCGGUGCUGGCCGCCAGCAGCCUCUACUUCCGAGACUUGUUCAGCGGGAACAGCAAAAACGCCUUUGAGCUGCCGGGCACCGUCCCCCCAGCUUGCUUCCAGCAGAUCCUCUCCUUCUGCUACACCGGCAAGCUGACCAUGGCGGCGAGCGAGCAGCUGGUGGUGAUGUACACGGCGGGCUUCCUGCAGAUCCAGCACAUCGUGGAGAAAGGGACGGACUUGAUGUUCAAGGUCAGCUCUCCGCACUGUGACUCUCAGACCACCAUGAUCGAAGACCCCAGCUCGGAGCCGCAGAGCCCCUGCAACCAGCUGCAGUCGGCCUCGGCGCCCUACGUCAUGUCCCCCUCCAUGCCCAUCCCGCUCCUCACGCGCGUCAAACACGAGAACCUGGAGCUGCAGGCCCUGCCCGGCCUGCCCGGCAAGCGGCCCCUGGAGCCCGGCGCCCGGGACGGGCCCGGCGGCGCCGGCGGUGCCAACGCGGGGCCCCUGAAGCUGUCGCGAGUCUCCUACUACGGGGUGCCCAACCUGGCCACGCUGCUCCCCAACGUGCAGCAGGUGCAGUACUCGCAGGGAGAGCGCACCAGUCCCGGCGCCAGCAGCAUCCCCACCACCGACAGCCCCACCUCCUACCACAACGAGGAGGAUGAGGAGGAUGAUGAGGCCUACGACACCAUGGUGGAGGAGCAGUACGGGCAGAUGUACAUCAAGUCCUCGGGAGGUUAUUCUGUUGCCCAAGAGAAGGCAGAGCAGAUCCCGCUGGAGAACCGCUCCUGUGUCCUGAUCCGACGGGACCUGGUGGCUCUCCCUGCCAGCCUCAUCAGCCAGAUUGGGUACCGCUGCCACCCAAAGCUCUACUCCGAGGGAGACCCUGGGGAAAAACUCGAGCUCGUUGCAGGCUCAGGUGUUUACAUCACCCGGGGGCAGCUGAUGAAUUGCCAUUUAUGUGCUGGUGUCAAACACAAGGUCCUGCUCAGACGUCUCCUGGCCACCUUCUUCGACCGGAACACUCUUGCCAACAGCUGUGGAACUGGAAUCAGGUCCUCCACCAGCGAUCCCAGCAGGAAGCCCUUGGACAGCAGGGUCCUUAAUGCAGUCAAAUUGUACUGUCAGAAUUUUGCCCCGAGCUUUAAGGAGAGCGAGAUGAACGUGAUCGCGGCCGACAUGUGCACCAACGCGCGGCGCGUCCGCAAGCGCUGGCUGCCCAAGAUCAAAUCCAUGCUGCCCGAGGGCAUGGAGAUGUACCGCAGCGUCAUGGGCUCCUCCACAAACACUGUCCCCCUGGAGCCCGACUUCCAGCCCAACGCCGCUCAGGCCUUCGAGCAGCGCAUCUAUGCAGAGAGGAGGAGCGAGGCGGGGACUAUAGUAGCCUUGAGAACUAACACGGUGAACGUGGAGCUCAGCAACGCCUCCAGCCAGUCCUUCGAGCAGGGCGAGGACGCCGAGGGCGCCGGCUCCGUCAUCCAGGAGGCGGCUGCCGCGGACGCCGUGGCGUCGGAAACCCAAAGCACUCCGCAGCCCUUCGAGCAAGGCUCGGGCUCCUCCAGCCGGCCCGAGACCCCCGUGAGGAGACAGGAUGGUACUUAUGGAGGGACUUUAUAAAGAGAGCAAACAUUUCAUGACCUAUAAGGGAUCUGUAAUACUAAAGCUGCUUGCAUGCGUUACUAAUACAAAACGAAAAAUGUGAUCAAGCCACUUACCUACUGAACU